GCAUGCGCCAUACUCAAUCGUUGUUCCAUCUUUCUCUAUCUCUCAUUGUCGUUCUGACACUGUUUUUCUCGUUUCGUACAUUAUGCGUUUCGCAUGAUUGAGGAUUAUAUUGCUAGGGUUUCUUGUUCGAUUUGAAUGUAUGUUUGAUCGACCGGCUAAUCUAAUGAUCAUCAGACGCCGUUCGCCGACGUUGCUAACCUCCAAUGAACGAGUCGAGAAGGCGGCGGGCAGAAAUCUGAACUCCCGUCUGUUUACCCUAGCGUUACUGUCGGCGAUCUUCUCCGUUUUCUUCUGGUGCUUCCAUUUCGCGAUCGAGCGGAGCAAUCACAAUCGCGUAACUGAAUCCGAAUCAGAUCGUUUAGCUUCCGUUUCUCCUGAGAUUAAAUUGCUCAGCUCUCCGGCGAUUGAUCGGCCGAAGGUGGGCGGUUUUGGAUCGAGAAAGGUUAAUCCUGGGAGCGGUGAAUUGGAUUCUGUGAUUGAUUCUGGGAAAUUUCCUUUUAUCAGGGCGUUGACGACGUCGUUAGAGAACAAGAGCGAUCCGUGCGGCGGCCGGUAUGUAUAUGUGCAUAAUCUUCCUCCCAGGUUCAAUGAGGAUAUUCUGAAGGAGUGCGAGAAGCUUAGCCCCUGGACGGAUAUGUGUAAGUUCAUGGCCAAUGGCGGGCUGGGACCGCCAUUGGAGAAUGCGGGAGGAGUUUUAUCGGAGACGGGAUGGUACGCCACGGAUCAGUUUGCACUGGAAGUGAUCUUCAGGAAUCGGAUGAAAAAGUACGAGUGUUUAACGAACGAUUCUUCUCUCGCGGCCGCCAUUUUCGUGCCUUUCUUUGCAGGGCUCGAAGUUUCCAGGCAUCUAUGGGGGUACAACAUCUCUGUUAGAGAUGCGGCUGCUCUUGAUCUGGUGAAGUGGCUGGAGAAGACGCCGGAGUGGAGGAUAAUGGGAGGAAAGGAUCACUUCCUGGUGGCCGGGAGGAUAACGUGGGAUUUCAGGCGGCUGACGGAUCAGGAAUCAGACUGGGGGAACAAGCUUCUGCUCUUGCCGGCUGCUAAGAACAUGACCACUCUCGUGGUGGAAUCCAGCCCCUGGAAUUCAAACGAUUUCGGGAUUCCUUAUCCCACAUACUUCCAUCCCUCCAAAGAUUCCGAGGUGUUUUCCUGGCAAGACAGGAUGAGGAAGAAGGAGAGAAAAUGGCUGUUUUCUUUUGCUGGUGCUCCUCGUCCUGGAAACCCGAGAUCAAUCCGAGGCCACAUAAUUCAACAGUGCAGGAAUUCCAAGGUUUGCAGGCUGUUCAAGUGCGAUUAUGGUGAAAGCAGCUGCCAUUCUCCCGGCAACAUAAUGCAGAUGUUUCAGGAAUCAGUGUUCUGUCUGCAACCACAGGGGGAUUCCUACACGAGAAGAUCAGCCUUUGAUGCAAUGUUAGCAGGCUGCAUACCCGUGUUCUUCCAUCCAGGCUCUGCUUACAUACAGUACACCUGGUAUCUCCCCAGAAACCAUUCAUCAUUCUCUGUGUUCAUCCCCGAGCCCGAUAUCCGGAGGGGGAAUGCCAGCAUAGAGGAGAGGCUCAGCCAGGUCUCCCCUGAGCAGGUGGAGGGGAUGAGGGAGGCGGUUAUAGCCCUGAUCCCGCGGCUGAUCUAUUCCGACCCCCGGGCCAGACUGGAGUCUGUUAAGGAUGCAUUUGAUGUAGCAGUGCAGGGUGUGAUUGAUAAGGUGACAAAGCUGAGAAGGGACGUUGUUGCAGGGCGCGGAGAUGAGCAUUUUGUUGAGGAGUUGAGCUGGAAAUAUGCGUUGAUGGAAGAAGGGCAGCAUGACAUUGGAGCCCAUGAAUGGGAUCCAUUUUUCUCACAAUCAAAGGAUUACAAUGACAGUAGUGUUGCAGGUUCUGAUAGUUCAGCGCAAGUGAUCUAGAAAUUAAGAACACGUUUAGGGUCUGGUUUAUCUGUUUAUGGACUGCAGAUUCAUGUGGAUUAUGGCAAUUUCAUGAUGCUGCAAUCAAAUAUCUGAUGUUGUUACAGGUUUUCUUGUAAAUUAAAGAUGUCUGAUGCUAGAUCCAUUCAUAUGUAUGAUCUUUGUUUCAUUUUUUUUCCAACUAAUAAGUUAGAGGAGUAAUGUAACACA